GCCCCAUCUCUAAUCAAGUUAAAAACAAAAACUCUUGUUAGGACGGUUUAUUUAACAAAAUGUCUGAUUCCAACACACCCAGAGGUGCCCUAAGCUUACAAAACGUGCUGAAAUACACCGUGCAACAUCAUGAUAAAAACAGCACAGAACCCAAUCCAAAUGAAACGCCAGAUGUUGAGAAAAGUAAAUUCUUAGAGGAAGCGCUGACUGCCAUGACCACAGAUGCCUCAAAGGAACUGAAGGCUGCUCUGAUUGUUUUGGAGGACACAGAAUCGACUGUAGAUGAGAAAAAGGACAGCUUUGAAGUGAUCAGGAGCCACAUUGAUGACCUCGACAAUGCAAACUCCCUGGUCAAGCUUGGCGGCAACAAAACCAUACUUCGGUAUAUAAAAGAUGAUUCUGACAGCGAACUGAGAAUAUCUGCCAUCGAAACGGUGGCUGAAAUGUCUCAAAAUAAUAUAUUUUGCCAAAACGCCUUCGUAAAUGAUAAGUUUCUGCCAGAACUUACAAAGAAUUUGAGUAACACCAACGAAAACAUAGUUCGAAGCUCCAUUUACGCGAUAUCAUCCAUCAUUCGAAACUUUGAGGCGGGCUACAAAGAGUUUAAACGUGUCAAGGGCAUCCAGGCACUAGUGCCCUGUCUGAAGUCCUCAAACACGAAUCUUUACAUAAAGGCGGCAUUUCUAAUAGCAUCCCUAACGUCGAAGGACAAGGCUGUUCGAGAGGACUUUGUUAAGGCAGAAGUCUUUCCAGUGCUUUUGGACAACCUGAAGCCCGUAAUCGAGUUUGAUGUUAAACAAGAGACGACUCUGUUUGCAUUAUCCUCCCUAUCGUUGGAAACGGAUUUAAAAUUAUCCACUGAGAGGCGCAAGGAAGCUCUAGCUACUCUUGAACAGAUUAUUUCUAAAAAUAAACAGUCUCAAGAUUGUGAAGAUAUCGUUAGCUAUGCCAGGACUAUUGUUGACAAUCUUAAUGGCCCAUAACAUAACAAGUUUCUUGAAUAAAAGUUAAAAUAUGAAGAAACUCUUUUGGAUUUUAUA